CUGAUCUGUGAGACGGGGCUUCCUGUGUCUCCGAAAACUGCCAUCGCUGCAGUUUGCAAACAACCUGUGGGAGGUUGAGCCUUUCUUCUCUCACGUUCUCUGCUCUCACUUCCUUUGCUCACAGCCCUGCAGAGAUUCAGUUCAAUAUGUCAAAGGCAAGGAAGGAAGGCAGAGGCAGGUAGAAGCUUCACCCCCCCCCCAGAUCUGCCAAUUCUUGGGGUACAGCUGAGGGGGGGGGCGAGAAGGCAGAAUCCCAUCCUCCUCUCCUGAUGUGGCAGGUUGCCCCAAAGUUUGCUGAUGUUCUUCUUUCCCUCCGGCUGAAAUUCUACAUUUGGUGGAUGAAGCUUCAGACCAUCCUGCCACGCGUUGCUGACUUUUUUGGGGUGGCCAUGCAGAAUCUGUGCCCUGUGCUGCUGGGGUUUCUUUUUUGCCCGCCUGUUCUGCUGGUCAAGCCCUUCGUACUUUUUCGCCCAGCCCAGUUACGUUUAACGGAAGGAGAAACGGCGACGUUUACUUGUUCCAUCUCCAACCCCGAUUAUGGCAAUUAUCUGAACUGGUACCAGUGGGGCCCCGACUGCCAGCCAGUCAAACUGGACCCCGGCAGCCGGAAGUACAGCGUUUCCAAACGAGACCGUCGCACCUACCAGAUGGAAAUCCGGGACGUGGAGAAGAACGACAGCGGGAUGUACUAUUGUUGGGUGAACGCCAUCCAGUUGAAGGUGCCCUUUCUGAAGAGCAACGAAGGCAACCUCACCGUGACAGAGAAAGUAGCUGCAGCUCAACCUCCAAACGAGACCUCACAGGUCAAGGAGAAGGACAAAGGUGGUGACCGUAAAGAUGCCAAAACGUCUUUCACUGAUUUGCGAGGGACUGGACUGUUCGUCCUGCUCGUGGUCUUAUAUUUCUCCGUGUGGCUCAUCCGAAGGAGAAGACAAAAGCAAAAGAAGCAGAAAGACGGACAUAUUCCUUUGGAAGAAGAGCCUCCUGCUUUAACCGUUUUCACGGUCAAUUAUGAAAUGCUGGAAUUCCCCGGAGGAAAAAAGACGAAGCCCACUCCUUCUCCGAAGUCCAUUCAGCGGGAACAGACGGAAUAUGCCACCAUUGUCUUCCUCUCGAAGACGCCAGAGGCUGCAGAGAUGGGGGACUCGAAACAGACGCCUGGCCCGGUCUGUGCACAGCAGCCUUGACCCAGCCAGCACCUACUUCCUGUGGUUUCCGGAGUGCACAUCUGUGCAAAUGUUGUGGGGGGAGGGCUUCACCCCGAAGGUGACCGCUGAGGACUAGAGUGCUGAUUCAUUUGGGGAAACCAGACAGGUCUUAUAUAAGGUCAACGUUAGGCAGGAAACCACAUUCUCUGAACGGCAAACGUGGCGAACUGGAGGAGCGAGGGUGGCUGUCCGGGGCCAGGGGGAGCCACUCUGCACUAGCACAGAGGCACUCUGCCCCAUGGAGGGGUUGCAAAGCGGAUCCGGCUCACUCGGACAGGUGGUCCUCGUCUUACGACCGGAAUGGAGCCCAACGUUUCUGUUGUUAAGUGAAUCACUGCAGUUAUUACGUUAGUAACACGGUCGUUCAGUGAAUCUGACUUGCUCGGCAGAAGGUCGGCAAACGGGAUCACGUGACCCCGGGGGACGCUGCGACCGUCAUAAAUGUGAGUCAGUUGCUGAGUGUCUGAAUUUGGAUCACAUGACUAUGGGGGAGGCUGCAAUGGUCAUUCGGUGUGAAAAACGUGCAUGUCACUUUUUUUCAGAGCCGUUGUACCUUGGAACGGUCACUAAAUGAACUGUUGUAAAUGGAGGACUACCUGUGCCAUUAAAGAGGUGAAACCCUGCUCUCUUUCCAGAAGCAAAAUAAAAAUAGAAAACUAAUGACAGAGAGCCAGUUUGAUCUAGGAGCGUGGUGGGAAACCUAUGGCACGCGUGCCACAGUUGGCACGCAGAGCCCUCUCUGUGGGCACAC